AUGUCCUCUGGCUCGAACCACUCCAACGAGAGGCUCGACACACGCUUCAGCACUCCAGCCCCGGAGCUCGAUGACCACCGACCACGUCGAGCACAGUUGGAAACAGCAGCACCAGCUGCUCAGCAGUCCAACGACGUGCCGACCCUCGAAGUCCAGCAACCCACUCCACGCCCAAGCAUCUCUCAUGCCGCAGAAGUUACCGCCCGCCUGAACGAAGCUAUCCAGAAUGCGCCUGGCGCUCACACUCCAGUCAAUGCGAGAGACUUCGAAAAUGCAAUCGAAGACGACGGGGAAGCUGAGAAUGACGUGGUGUCUCCGAUCCAGCAGCGCAGCUCUAAGCCGCGCCAGUAUACCAACAGGGUGGGAAGGCCAAUCAACCUCGAUCUUCGCCGACAUGAGAGGUCCCGCGACAGCUCCUCUUCCUCGUCGUCUUCACCCGCCAACUCCAUCGAGGCUUUUGCCGAGCCACGUCGCCGUGCACGCGCCAACACGAUCGACAGCAGAGCGUCGACUCCCAGUCUCCGUCCUCGAGGCUAUUCCGACCGCCACUCGCGUCGCCCAACAUUGAGCCAGAUUAGUAUUCCUGGCGUGGCGACUCAACGCACUGAUCGAGAUGCCGAUGAGCGCCUGUCGUUCGUUGACGACGAGCCCGGCAAGACACUCAAAAUCGAUUAUGAGGAGCUCGAGGAGUUCGUGGCCCUUUGCAAGCAAGGCAAAGUCCAUCAGUAUCUCUCUCACGAUGGCGAUAGCGAGAGCGGUACUCCCCAAAAGGUCUUCGGCGACAUGCGCAACAACGGCGCCAGCGCCAGUGCUCCCAACGUCGCACUGAACGGCGAACACUUCCACGAGAAACCACUCACCACCCUCUCCAGCGCUGCAACCCAACCCCUCCGCGCCCCCAGUAUCGGCGACCUGCUCCAAGGAGACGCCACAUUCCGCGACCUCUUCGAAGUUGCCGACGAAGGCGGUGUCUGGUGGCUGGACAUGCUCAAUCCCACAGCCGCUGAACUCGAAUGCAUCUGCAAAGCGUUCAAGAUCCAUCGCUUGACCAAAGAAGACAUUGAGACACAAGAGCCUCGCGAGAAGGUCGAGCUCUUCCCGCAGUACUACUUCGUCUGCUUCCGCUCUUUCAAUAUGGACGCCGCUCACGAAGACUUCCUCGACCCGAUCCACGUCUACAUCGUUGUCUGCGCCGACGGAGUCCUCUCUUUCAGCUACACCCCCAACCCGCACGCGCGCAACGUCCGCAAGCGCAUCAACAAACUCGGUGACUUCGUCUCCUUGGGGCCCGACUACAUCUGCUACGCCAUGAUCGACGACAUUGUUGAUUGCUUCGCGCCCGUGAUUCGCGACCAAGAGCACGAGUCCGAGGCCAUCGAAGACCAAGUCUUCAUCGCGCGCGAAGACGACCUGUCCGCCCUUCUCAAGAAAAUCGGCAUGUGUCGCAAGCGCGUCCUGAACAUGAUGCGCCUGUUGGGAGGGAAAGCAGACGUCAUCCGCGGCUUCGCCAAACGCUGUAAUGAGAGCUACGACAUGACGCCCCGCGGCGAUAUCGGUCUCUACCUCGGCGAUAUCCAAGACCACGUCGUCACCAUGAUGAGCAAUUUGGGUCACGUUGAGAAAAUGCUGAGCCGCAGUCAUGGCAACUACCUCGCGCAGCUCAAUGUCGACACGAUCAUUCGCGGCAACGUCUCCAACAAGAACCUCACCAAGAUCACAGUCGUGGCUACGAUACUCGUCCCCUUGAACUUAAUAACAGGCUUGUUCGGCAUGAACGUCCACGUUCCCGGGGCCGGCGGCGAUAGUCUGGCUUGGUUCUUCGGGAUCUUGGGCGCCAUUUUGCUGUUUGUGACUACUGCGUUGGUUGUUGCGAGGCGGUUGAGGAUGGUCUGA